CCCGGUGCUGGCCCCGCAGCGGCCCCUUCCGCCGCCCAACGCCUCCCGCCCCGCCCCGGGGCUGGGGCAGGGGCACCGGGCUGGGUACCGGGGCCCUCGGCGGAGAGCGGCAGCCCCGGGGAAGCGGAGCUGGCGCGGGGGUCCUGGGGUGGGCUCACGGGCGCGGGACCCGUGCCAAGGUCCGGGCGGCCGAGAGCCGAGCGGGUGGGCAGGGGGACUCCUGGCAGCGGGACGGGCGAUGCCCGGGGUGGGGAUCCCCGGCGGGCACCUCCGGGGCGAAUCCCCGCAGAUGAACCGGGAUCUCCGGCGGGAGCGGCGCUGGCCGGGACGUGGCCUCGCAGGGACGUCCGGAGUGGGACAGCGAAGGGGCUUUGGGGGCUGUGGAGCCCCCGGGUGGGCGCUCUGGAGCUGGGCUGGCAGGUGUCGCGGCUCCGGUGGCCACGCAGCUGGGGAUGCCGCCUGGUCCUCGCCCGCCCAGGUGUGCGGUGGGGCUGCCGGGCCCAAAGUCCACAGCACCCAGCUGGCAAGUGGAUGCAGCUGCUGGCACCCUGGUGUCUGGAGAGAAAGGUGUCUGCGGCAAAGAAUUGCGGCGGUGGGAGCACCAGCCACCCCAGUCCCGCAGAUGGGACAGCGAGCUCCUGGGGACUGGAUUCAGUCUGGACUCCCCGUGCCUUGAGUCAUGCUGGGGCUGGGUCAGCUGGGGAAGGCCCUGCUCCUCUUCUUCUGAAUCAGAAGAGCUUUCACUGCUGGCUGUGGCCUGACCCUGCUGCCACACAGGCACUGCGGUGUCUUGCCGCGGCGCUGUCACCAUAUCCUGCCAUCUGGGACAGCGUUCCCUUGCCUUGGUCUUGGCUAUAGUGCCGGCAGCGUUGCCUCCUCAGCACCCUGGGGAAACCGUGGCGUUUGGAGAGGCAGCGAGGUUCCACGGGCUGUGUCCUGACGCUAGAGCUGAGCCCAGGUGUCCUGGGCGCCAAGCACUGGGAAACCUCCGAGGUUCUGAGAAAGCCCCGGGGAAAUCUCUGCUCAGCACCCAGGAGGAUGGGGAAGGCACAGGAUGUGUGUGCCCGCGAGCUGCCAGCCCCAGCUCCUUCCUCCAGCAGCCUCUGGGCUGGGAAACUGGGGAGGGCAGAGGGGAACCAGCCAGGAAGGGGGUCCCUCGCAGUCCUGGUUCCCCCGACGUGUGGGGAGAGGUGGCCCCGAGGGUGGGGGGCUGCGCUCUGCUGCCAGGAAGUGCCGGUGGUUAAUGAGUAACAACCAUGAGCCGUACGGCAGCUCUUGCUUCUGGGAUGUUGACUUGGUUUCCCACGGCCUGAUGAGUCAGCAUAGCCCGAUGUCUGGGGUUCACCGAUCUCUAGGGGUCACUGGUCCCCUCCUGUGCCUGGACUCCCAGCCCCAGGGACCUCCGGCCCCACCGAGGAGGUGAAAUGGCCCCUGGGGUGGAGGAGGAAGUGAAAGUGGCUGCGCCGACUGUGAUUUGGAAGGGGGAGCAGGCACAGCCCAGGCGCUGCUCCCCUACACCAGGCGCCGUAUCCUGCCCCACCAUCGCGCCGGAGGCUCCUCGCAGCCGUGGGGUUUCCCCAGGUGGCAGUUCCAGGCUCAGGGCUCCCACCUCGGCUUUCCAGGACGUGUCUCACAUCCCUGUGCCGGGCAGCCCUGGCCUGGUCCCUGCCCCCAGCGCCAUUCUCCGGGGUGCCACUGGGGCCUGAUCCUGGGCACGCCGGCUUCUCUCAAGGGACCCCCCAUGCAGCGCGGCCUCGGCUGGGGCAUCGCCGCCGCGGCUGGGUCCCGGCAGGGAAGGGCUGUUCUGCAGAAGGAGCAGAGGAGGAAAACAUGGCAAUGAGGGUGGGGAGGACGCAGGGCACGGCUGGGCUGGAGGAGCCGCGGUGGCUGGUGCCCGGAGGGGACGGGUCUGACCCCAUGCCGAGCUCCUCCGAGCUGUUGUCCCCUGGGCUGGCGGGGAGCUGGGGCUGUGGAGGAGGAGCACAGCAUCUCCGACAGACUUUGCAAAUUCAGGCAUGCCCAGCUUACGUCCCGGGUUGCCACUUACCAGCCUCCCAGGGCUAAGCAGAAAUACAGGUUUUAAUGGGGGGGGAGGAGGAGGAUGGGGAUUACAUCUUGAGGAUCACAAAAUGAGAGGCUGUUCAUUCCUCCUGUCUUGGUUCCCGGCGUGCCAGCAGCCACCACCUCGCCGAGGCAGCGCUCCCGGGUGCGAUUCCCACCGCGCGUUGACCCCUCUGGAGCAAACUCAGCCCUCGGGCUUGCGCUGCAGCGAGUCAUCAGGAUCCAUUUGCUCCGGCCAGCCCGGCAGAGUAGAAACAAACGCGUUCCUGGAAGCGCUGGGCUUGGCGUGGCCGGGGGUCGAGCCUCCGUGUGCCGGGGUCGCUCCCUGGGACAGCACGUGGGGCUCUAGCGGAGCCGGUCCCACCGCGCUGCCCACGUCCCGCAGGCCAUGGAGCACCCAGGGCCGCACCGCCGGCGCCGGGCGGGCCCCUCGUCCCGGCGGGGCGGCCGGCGCUGAGCUGGCGGCGCGGUUGUUUUGCGCUCGCUGCGACGUUGCCCCAGUGACGCUGGCUUCCUUCCCCUUGCAUGGUUUCUCAAAGUCCCCGGCGGCUCCACCUCCGCCUCGGCUCUCGCAGCGCAGCCCAGGCCCGCGGGGAACGCGCUGCCCGCGAGGACGCGUGACGUGAGCCCCGCUCGGCUGUUUGCUCGCGGGGACGGGGACGCGGCCCCGGGUGGACGGGCUGGCCGGGGGCCCGCGGCCGCCCUGGCCGGUGCUUCGUGCCCACCGCAGGAUCCGGCCUGCGUCCCGGCCCGGGGAAGCGGCAGCGAGGUGACAGCUGCCAGGAUGUCCCUCUGGAGCAUCGUCUCCCACAUGCCGCCGGAGGAGUUCAGCGGCCUCUUCACGGAGUUUCCCCACAGCCUGCGCUGUCUCCUGGCCGACUGGCUGGAGAACCAGCCCUGGGAGUUCAUCAAUGGCUCCGACGCCUUCUGCACCAGCGUGGCCAGCGGGAUGCUGGCGGCCAUGCUGGAGAAGCUCCGCGGCGCUGCCGGCAGCGACGGGCAGCAGUGCCAGAUCCUGCAGCAAAUCAGCGGCGUCGAGAACGCCUACCGGCGGGACCCGCUGCGGCUAGUGGCCGUGCUGCGAGCCAUCCUGGACGGGGAGAAAGCCGCUGUGCUGAAGCGGGACCGGCACCUGCCCCUCAGCUUCCACCGGCGCCAGGAGGAGCUGAAGUUCAGCCUGGGGCUGAAGCGGCUGCAGCAUCGCGUCCGUGAGAUCCAGGCGCUGCGGGACGGCCCCGCGGCCUCUCUGCAGCCAAAUGUGCGGGACCCGCAGCUGAAGACAGAAGCGAAACCCCCGGAGAGCGAGCUGCCCAGCCUGAUCCUGGAGGCCGUGAAGGAGCUGGAGGCGGCCAAGCAGCAGGUCCUGAAGAGGAUCCAGAUCUGGAAGAGGGAGCAGCAGCUGGCGGGGAACGGCGCUGUCUUUGAGGAGAACCUGGCUCCGCUGCAGAAGAGGUGCGAGAGCCUGGUGGAGGUUCACUUCCAGCUGCACCAGCAGGUGAUGGCGGCGAGCGCGGAGCUGGGGCCCGAACUGCUGCCCCGGCUCCUGGAGCGCUUCAACGAGGUCUUGUCCAGCCUGGUCAAGAGCUCCUUCAUGGUGGAGAAGCAGCCACCGCAGGUGCUGAAGACCCAAACCAAGUUCCAGGCAAGCGUGCGGUUCCUGCUGGGCCCGCAGCUGCUGAAGGCGGCGGCCAAGCCCUACACGGUGCGCGCCGACAUGGUGACGGAGAAGCAGGCGCGGGAGCUGGCGCUCAGCGCCUACAGCGGCACCCUCAGCGAGAGCACGGGGGAGAUCAUGCACAACGUGGUGGCCCUGGAGACCAACCCCGCCAGCGGGACCUGCUGCGCCAACUUCAAGAACGUGCUGCUGAAGAAGAUCAAGCGCUGUGAGCGGAAGGGAUCUGAGUCGGUGACGGAGGAGAAAUGUGCCGUCCUGUUCAGCACCACCGUGGCCUUGACCCCCGGCAACCUGUCCGUCCACCUCCAGGUCCUGUCCCUGCCCAUCGUGGUCAUCGUCCACGGGAACCAGGACAACAACGCCAAAGCGACCGUGCUGUGGGAUAACGCCUUCUCCGAGAUCGACCGGGUGCCUUUCGUGGUGGCCGAGCGGGUGCCCUGGGAGAAGAUGUGCGAUACGCUGAACCUGAAGUUCAUGGCAGAGGUGCAGACCACUAAGGGGCUCCUCAAGGACCACUACUUCUUCCUGGCCCAGAAGAUCUUCAAUGACCACAGCGCCAGACCCGAGGACUUCCAGAGCCGCAGCGUCUCCUGGGCCCAGUUCAACAAGGAGAUCCUGCCUGGUCGGGGCUUCACCUUCUGGCAGUGGUUUGAUGGAGUCUUGGACCUCACCAAGAGAUGCCUCAAGAGUUACUGGUCAGACAGGCUCAUCGUCGGCUUCAUCAGCAAGCAGUACGUCUGCAAGCUUCUGAGCACCGAGCCUGACGGGACCUUCCUGCUCCGCUUCAGCGACUCGGAGAUCGGGGGCGUCACUAUCGCUCACGUCAUCCGGGGCAAGGACGGGUCCAGCCAGGUGGAGAACAUCCAGCCCUUCUCUGCCAAGGACCUGUCCAUCCGCUCCCUCGGCGACCGCAUCCGCGACCUGGGGCAGCUCCGCAACCUCUACCCCAACAUCCCCAAGGACCAGGCGUUCGGCAGCCACUACAACAAAGAGCAGACGGGCAAGGAUGGACGGGGCUACGUGUCCACCGCCAUCAAGAUGACAGUGGAAAGCGAAAGGGACCAGCAGCCCCAGAGCACCGCGGGGGGCCCCCACGACCACCCCCAGGCUCAGAUGUUCACCCCCCCCAUGCUGCAGCCCGAGCUGCACCCCGAGAGCUUGCAGUCGGUGCUCAGCCCCAUGUGCCCCCCCGCUCCGUUUUGCCCCCCGUCUGUCCCCACGGGCUACCAACACCCCCCAGGUGACACCAGCAUCAACAUGAUGGUCUCCGACAGCCUCGGGUCCUUCCCCAGCCCCUCGCAGAUGCUCUCGCCGCCCCUGGUGAUGGACCCCGCGCUGCCGCGCUGCCAGGACAUCACCUUCAGGAACCCCAUGCCCUUCAUGCACAACCAGUACCUGCCUGGGGGCCCCUCGCCAGAGCCACGGGAUGAGGAGAUGCCCGAGCUGGCCCCAUUCCCCUCCAUGGUGGAGGCACCGCUGUCAAGCUCCACACGGUGGAUGCCGCCCAGCAUGGACCUGCCCCCCAGCUCGGACUUUGAGCAGUUCCUGCACGACAUGGAGCUGGAGGACCCCGCGCUGUGCCCCCACUUCGCGCCCCCCCUGCAGCGCACCGGGUACCCCAGCCCCAGCACAUCUUGCUGGGGGUCAGGGGAGUCGCGGUGGGACGACAGCGUCCGGCCGGGACACGCCUGAGGAGGUCACGGGGCUGCCGGGGGGGGUCAUCGGACUGUGCCCCCCACCACAGCCUUUGGACUCCUGGACUCAACCAGGGUGGAAACCCUAGGGAAGGGGAGUGGGUUUUAUUUUGGGGGGGGGAACAGCACCCCGGAUAACACCCUGCCGUCCCCCACGUAUGCGCUCCGCGGUGAGGAGGGGGUGCAGGUGCGGCCCCCCCGCUGCCCCCCCGCUGCCCCCAGCCCACGCCGCCGGGCUCAGCGCCGCGGGGGCCGCCGUGAGUCAGUGGCGAGGGCGGGAGGCGGCAGCGGGAACCACGCCGGGGCGGACGCGCCAGCGCGGCGCGUGACGGGGCCCCCCCGGCCUGGGGGACACUGGGACCCCCCCCCACAGCUCCGGGGCCGGGGUGGGGGGGGGGCGCUGGACCCAUCGCCUGGGAGGGGGAGCCUGGGAGCAGGAAGAUAAGCCAUAAAAUAAAGUUUUAUUCCAAAAUAACAAAAUAAAUAAUCUACUGUACACGUUACAAA